AUCGCCUGCGGCACAGAAUACACCCUGAGGGUAAAAGUGCGUCGCAGAGCCGGACACGCGAAGAUGAGGCAUUCUCAAAGAGCUGUUCAGAAGACGCAUCGAGGCUUUUCUGGUGGUGAUGGUGUCUUUGACAGUGAUAAAAAAGGCAGUGAUCGCCGGAAUGCUGGUGGGAACAAUAAAUGGAAUACUGCUGCCGUGACACCGGCAUGGAAUAAAGGAAAAGACGAAGGCUGGUUCCUGGUGCUGGGAUGUGUUGACAGCGGAGAGUUGCUGGGACUGAAACGUGUUGGUUACAUUGCAACCAGAGCAACUUUCCAUCUCACAUUCCAUACCCCACCUGUACCG